CCGGCUACCUACUCAACCCGUGCCUACACGUGUGCCACCCUCUGUACUCUCUAUUUUUACUGUUCUUUCUUCCCCUGACCCCCACCUCUCCACCCCCGCACGUGCCUUCUCUCCAUGCUAUUCCCCUUUCUUUCUGUGGUGCAACAAUUAAAAGUUAGAGAGAGAGAGAGAGAGAGAGAGAGAAUGAGAGUGAGUGAUGAAGACGAACCGAAAUAAAUAGACAAAGAAAUUACCCCAAAAAAAAAAAAAAGGAAAAGAAAAAUAUCGACUUAUUAAAGCAAAGCGAAACAAAAUUUCUUGGUCUUUGGGGGAGGGGUGUUUGUAUUGUAGUUUAUGAUAUGGGUUUUGCACUCUCUCUCUCUCUCUCUCCCUCUCUAUCUUUCUCUCUCUUCCCUUCCCCUUUCUCCUUUCUCUCUUCCUUUUCGUUUUUCAGUGUGAGCUAGAAGAGGUAGAGAGAGAAAAUCUCUGACCCCUGAAAGGAUUACUUGUUCCGGGUCUGUGUGAGUGAGUUUGUGUGUGUGUGAGAUUUGAUUUUUUUUUUUUUUCCUUUGUUUUGACAACCCAAAUCUUAUCUUUAACCGAUGAGGAUCCGGAAAAGACAGGUUCCUUUUCCUCUCUCAUCUCUCUCUCCGGUGCCUCUUUCAGAUCCCCUCCUCAACCUCAACCUCAACCACCCAUCAUCUCCGGUGGCGGUGGUGCAACUCCACCACUGCGAUUCCUCUCCUACUAAACCCCAGAAUCCACUCCGACUUCCCCAUGUGCAUCCUCAGCCUUCUGAUCCUCCGAAUCAACAUCUAACCCCGACUGGAAGUGCAAUCAACGACUCCGAUAUCACCGAUGCCGGCGGGCCAAACAAAGAGGAGGAAGAGGAGGAGAAGAAUAAGCAAGAUCGCUCGGAGUUGUUGCAAGAGGAAGAUGUUGAUGAUGAUGAUGAUGAUGAUGAUGAUGAUGAAAGGGGGAGAGUAGAGGAAGAGAAGAGUAAUGAUAUCAGGAAGGGAAGUAUCUUGGGUGCAGAACCAGUUACUGGGUUUCUUCAUGAAUCAAGUUCUUCCCCUCGAGUUGGGAGAUGGUGUGAAGGAGACAAAGCGUUUCCACUGAAGAAGAGAAGAGGAAGUUUUACAUCAAGUGGAGAAACGACGUCGUCUUCGACGUCGAUAACUACGGCAGCUGAUCAUAAUCAGAAAGAUAAGAAGAUGAAAGCCAAGAUGAAAACGAAGAUGAACAAGAAAUGUGCAAGGAAAAACGACGAGGUAGAAGAACAAGAAGAUCAAAAAGAAAGCAACAAAGAAGGUCUCGACCAAAACAACAACAAUAAUAAUGCUGUGAAUGCAAAGAAGAGAGGAAGAGGAGGUGCUCUAAUGGAAGGUUCUCGGUGCAGUCGUGUGAAUGGAAGAGGAUGGAGAUGCUGUCAGCAAACCCUCGUGGGUUACUCACUCUGCGAGCACCACUUGGGGAAAGGAAGGCUCAGAAGCAUGACCAGCGUUCGAAGCCGUUCCUUGGCUGGUACUGCACCGUCUGAGUACCCAAAGCCGCCGCCAUUAUCGAGCACCUCGAGCUCCUCGUCGUUGUUGCAGGAGAAAGAUACGAUUGCGAAGCCUGUUAUGGUGGGUGACGAGGGUACAGCUGAAGAUGAAGAAGAAGAAGACGAGAAGAAGCCGUUGAUGAUGACGAAGAAAAGAAUGAAGCUUGGGAUGGUUAAAGCGCGUUCCAUUAGCAGCUUGCUUGGACAAAGUGCAAGUACUAGUGCAAUUUCAGUGGUUGAUAAUAACGGCAAGUCGUUGACCAACUUUACCCAAAAAUAGCAAGAAUUAAGCAGUAAGUAUUCCAUUAUCGUAGAGGUGUGUGAGAUAAAUAGAUAGAAGAAAAAAAAAAAAAAAAAAAAAGUGAGAGAGAAAAGAAAGGGUGUGGUGCAACUUCUUCUUUCAAAAACUUUGCAGUUUGUUUGCAUUAUCAGAAUUAAAAUAGAUGCUUCUUCUUUAUAAUCUCUCUCUCUCUCUCUCUCUCUCUAUAUAUAUAUAUAUAUAUAGCCCUUAAUCAUCUUUCUUUA